CGCUCCACCCCGCACAUCAAAAGCUGCUUAACGAAAACCGGUUUGACGUCACUUGGCAGCUUGGCCCGGCUAGUUGUCAUCCGCGUAGAAGGGAAGGGCAUAACAUGGAGCUAAAUUUUCCGAUGUACAGUUAUACACGCGUCGUAGCUUGUUAAAAAUCUAACAAGGAGUUUGGUAUUUCUAUGUACCACACGUUAGCGGUGCAUUCUUUUUGACAUCUCGAACAAACAGUGGCUAGCUAACCGGCUAGCUAGUUUGUAGCUUAACCGUAACCGUUAAAGGUAAUUUAGCGACAGAAAGCCUAAUUUACGCAUGGCGUUAAUCCUGUUUACGAGGUCCCGGGCACCUUUAAUGAAAACGUCCAGGUCGUUAAAGAACGAAUUCAGGAAAGGGAAAGUACAAGAUGGUACCUGUUUCAACUGCACAGCACUCAGACUCUCCAGUCAAAAACUUGAUGGGCUCCGACUCGGAGGUUUGGCCCAGCUUUCUUCACUCUCUCCUACCCUGCCUGUGUCAGAAGGUUGUGUGGGCCAGAGCCCAGACUCUCAGCGUCUCUACUGUGCGUUUGUGUUGGGGGCCUCCCCUUCACCGUACCCUGCAAUCACAACGGGGGCCCAGUGGAUGAUGGCACGACCACAGGACAUCCCUGGUGUUAGGUGGAUACACACCUCGAGGAGGAGAUGGGACGACUCCAAGGUGGAAAAGUCACUGCGUUCGUUAAAGGACAAAAAGAAGAAGCUGGAGGAAGGAGGGCCGGUGUAUAGCCCGACGCUGGAUGCAAAACCUGUGAGAAGGACGGUCCGACAGUGGGUUGUAGAUGAAGUCAAGCACUACUACCACGGCUUCAGGCUGCUGUGGAUUGAUACCACCAUUGCUGGUCGAAUGCUGUGGCAGGUGCUGAACGGACACCCCCUGUCCCGCCGUGAGAGGAGACAGUUCCUGAGGACAUGUGCAGACGUCUUCAGACUUCUUCCCUUCCUGGUGUUCAUCAUUGUCCCGUUCAUGGAGUUCCUGCUUCCCGUAGCUCUGAAACUCUUCCCCAACAUGCUGCCGUCCACUUUCGAGACACAAUCGAAGAAGGAGGAGAGGUUGAAAACUGAGCUGAGGGUCAAACUGGAGAUGGCCAAGUUCUUGCAGGACACCAUCGAGGAAAUCGCUCUGCGGAACAAGGUUUCCCAGGGCAAUGUGACGGAGGAGUUCUCCACUUUCUUCCAGAAGAUACGGAACUCUGGGGAACGUCCCAGUAAUGAGCAGAUCUUGAAAUUCUCCAAACUGUUCGAGGAUGAGCUGACUCUGGACAACCUGACCCGACCUCAGCUGGUGGCUCUCUGCCGUCUCCUGGAGCUCCAGUCGAUGGGGACCAAUAACUUCCUCCGCUUUCAGCUUAUCAUGAAGCUGAGAGCCAUCCGUGCAGAUGACAAGCUGAUAGCAGAGGAAGGGGUGGCGAGUCUGAACGUGAACGAGGUGCAAGCAGCCUGUCGCGUCAGAGGAAUGAGAUCUCUCGGAGUAACAGAAGAACGACUGAGAGAGCAACUCAGCCAGUGGCUGGAGCUGCAUCUGAAUCAGCAGAUCCCCACUUCCCUGCUGCUGCUGUCUCGAGCCAUGUACCUCCCCGACACCCUUUCCCCCGCCGACCAGCUGAAGACAACACUGCAGACGCUGCCUGAGAUGGUGACAAAGGAGGCCCAGCUGAUUGUGGCAGAGAUGGAGCUUUCCAAAGUAGACAAUAAGACCAAGGUGGAGACCAUGCUACAGGAGGAGGAGGCCAUACGCCAGGACAACAAGGACAGGGAGAUGGAGAGGUUGGCAGACGCUGCAGAGAAAGCUGCCAGGCCAUGUCCUUCCGAGUUGGAGCUUGAAGCAGAGAAGGAUAAACGCAGCUAUGCAGAUGCAGAGAUGGCUAAAGCUGCCAUGGCUGCACAUUCAGAGACACUAAGGGAUACUGCACCUGUCAUAGAAGGGAUCAAGUUUGAACAGUUGCAGAAAUUCCUGCGCUUACAGGGUGAGGAGAUCACCAAAGAAGAGAUUGACCUGUUAAGUGAUGCGUGCACAAAGCUGAAGGAGCAGAAGAAGCUGUUAACUCUGGAGAAAGAAGAGCUUGAAGAGCUGAAGGAUGAUGUCCAGGAAUACAAUGAGGAUCUCGAAGAGAUAAAGAAGGAGCUUUCUAAGACCGGCCAAGAAAAGGCGGUAGAGGAGUCAAAGGCGAGCCAGCGUCUGUCUAAGAGAGUAAACCGCAUGAUCGGUCGCAUCGACAAGAUCAUCCUGGAGCUGGAAAAGGACAAGGCCAUCCUGGACGGACAGAUGGACAGUGGGACCACCCCACCUGUUGGUCUGUUCUACACCUUCAGGGAGAACCUCAUCAGCAUCGACGAGCUGAUCGGCGUCAUGCGGCAGAUCCAGAACAUUCCAGAGCACAAGCUGCAGAGCAUCGCGGAGGCCCUCGACGACAACAAGGACGGGAAGAUCGACAUAGACGACGUCAUCAAAGUGGUGGAACUGAUCGACAAGGAGGACGUCGACAUCUCCACUUCUCAGGUGGCCGACAUCAUGGUGAUGCUGCAGAAGGAGGAGAAGCUGAUAGAGAAGGAGAAGGCCAAAGAGAAGGCUGAAAAGGAAAAGGCAGCUACACUCAACAGCUAACUUAUUUUCCGUAAAGACUCGCAGUACUUGUAAAAUAUGACCACCACAGAAGUUUGUGACUAGCACCCGGUCACAAAAAACUCUGGACGCCAGAUCGUUCUGGACAAGUCGAGAGAGUCAUGAGGUAACAGCUGCCUUCUCAAAAUAUAAUUUCAACAUUAAAUGAGUUCUUAGAAAAAUUUUAAAAAAGGCAUAUUGCCUUUUAAAACGCACAACAUAAAAAAUAAAACUUAAUUUGCCAUUAUGCUAAACUCUUCUGGACUACUCAUGUAUUAUAUGUUAAUAUUUGGUUUUGUUUAAUUUAACUCAAUAAUGUAUUGAUACAGGGAACACAGUGACUUGAAACCAUGGUUGUUCUCCCAGCUUAAAGAGUUGGCAAAGGAGCAAACUAUCAAAAAUUAUGUUUGGAAAAUAUAUUAGAAGAUGUAUUGUUUAAAAGUUUGAGGUGAACUGUCUUGCCUUUCAUUUGUCAUCAUCUCAAAGAAAUGAGAAAUCAUUUCUGGACUUUGCACAGUAAAAAUCAUUGUCAUCACCAUCACUACACUCUUUUCCUCUUAGAUUUUGUUUAUCCAUCAUACCGCCUAUUGUAAAGUAACUUGUACUUGGAGAGAGUAGCUUUUUGCCAGCUGGAGGAUGUUGAAAUGGUGGCUGCAACCAAAUAUGUAAUUAUAAUUAAAUUAAUAAUUACACACAACAUAGACAUUUAUUAAAAUAAGUACAUCAUUCACACUAAAAGAAGUAAUUGGAGAAUUCAGGCUGUAGAAGUUUUGCAUGUUUGUCUAAAGAGCCAAGGACUGAAGUUAGCAACAUUUACAUCAAUGUUAAGAUUACUGUACUGUAAUUCAUUUUGAUUUUUUUGUCUCAUUUUAGCGCUGCUCUUCAUAUCUAUUCCUGUUGUGUUUAGUAGAUGUGAAAUGCUAAAGUUGCACUGUGGCACAUUUAAUUACACAUUCUGAUUAUUCCAAAUAUCAACAAAAUGAAUCCGUAAAGACGGACUAAGGAACACUGAAACAGCACACCAAUCAAAUACUGGUCAGUUGUUGCUGUGACAAGUGGUAGUUUGACUGAAUGUUAAGUAGUUUACUUUCUGCACUUGAGUAGCAUGGUCAUGGUGGUAAUGUUGACCCCCAUAGUUUAAAUGCAAAGUGGCCUUCUCUUGACACAGAUACUAUGGAACAUAUACUAUUGUGUAUUUAUUUUUAAGUGUUUUAAGAAGAUGGUAGUGCUCUGAUACUCUUCUCACCGAGGACUGACUUGAUGUAAUUUAGUUUUGGGCUGAAGAAGUCUUGAUGAAUUCAGUUGUAGAUCAGUUGUCACAUACCGAGUACUUAGUUUUGUUAUAUUUGCGCUGUAGCGAUGAAUGGGUGUAGGUUGUAAAUAAGGACGAAGUGAAGAUUUCAGAUGAUACUCGAGUGAACUACUGACUCUGAACUGUGUUCACACUACAAGCAGCUUGACCGUUGUGUGUACUCAAACAUAUUCCAACUAGGGCUGCAACUAAUGAUUCUUUUGAUUAUGUCUGCUUGGUUUUAUUUAAUCAUUUAAUAUAUACAAUGUGGAAAAAAAUCCCAGAAAAUACCCAUUACAAGAGCCUCAGUGGGUUUGUACUGCGUGUGUGGUUUAUAAGGCAUUUACUGUCUAUUAAUGAACAGGCUUAGUGGGAAAAACUGGCAAGCUUUGAAUGGUUGUGAUCAGUUUCACAUUCAUUUAGCUUCUGCAAGGCAUAGCUGUUGUUUUUGAAUCAAAAUAAAAUUGUUAGGUAACCAAGAAAAACACAAUAAUAUGACUCUCAGCUGUUUCUGGAUUGUCCACACAUCGGCACAGUUUGCCAGGUUGCUCAGCUCUAAAGCAAAUAAACAGACUUCUGCUCAGUUCAUGUUGUUUGCAGUGUGAACUCAGAGUAAAGGGUUGUUCCACCUUUACUGCUGAAUUGCAUGUCUGGUAGUUUGUGGUCAGUCAUCCCUCAGUUAUUCCUCCACAGUAACUGGAGAAGAGCUCAGGUGUAAAUGUAGAAGACAAAGCGGUACUUGAGAUAACACUGAGCAUACAACGCUUCGUUUAAUCCGUUCCUGGAAUCUGCUGUCAUACCUGUGGAUGAUUAAGAGGUUGUUCAUCUUACAUCAGGCACGGUACCAAUUGAGACCCAGCGCUGCCUGACAGGGCGAGGGUUCUGCUUCGCCUGGGUCCAGUCAGACUGAUGGGUGCGGGGUAAACACUCGCCCCAUACAUGGGCCAAAGCCAGCUCCACUGGAGGGUUGUGUUUAGGUUAGAGACGAUCCGGCGAGACAUGGCAUGCUCUCUGCCGCAUAAAUCAGCAGUUAAUGUAAACACGUCACAGGAACGUUGUGACAACCUCUCGAUAACACUUGGCAGAAGAGAGUGGUGUUUGUGUCCCCCUGCCUGACAGGUCGGGCUCAGGGCAGUGCUGCCACUGUUCCAUUGUGGGUCCAGAAAGGUUUGAAAUGAACAGAAUUUGAAUUUAAAGGAUGCUGUAUUGAUGUAACGGGCUCCAGGAAAAAGAUACAGGUCGCAAUGCAACAUCAUCUGGUUUGGCCAAUAAAAUAUGGACAGUUACUCAGUUCUGGUAGAUUUCUUUACCUUUUCCUUAUAACCUGCCGGUUUGUAAUAUUUUUCCAGAGUUAAAAUUUCUAAACCACUGUGCAGUGUUUGGGUGAUUUAUUCUUAUUAAUAUAAUAUUUUUGUUACUCUUAGUCAAUUGGCAGAAAAUGAAAUGGCAACUGUAUGAUAAUUGAUUAAUUGAAAUUAUUUCUCAAGCAAGAACGCAAAAAAAAAUUUACUUUUAUCCUAACAAAAGAUGAAUAUCAACGGAAGAUUAACUGAUAAAAUCUUUGUUGAUACCCUUCAGUUCGGCCUUUCUGGAUCGUAUUUCAUCUCACAGGUACUUGAAACAGCACAGCCCUGGCAUUUUUGUAAUAUGAGUUAUAUGGAAAGUAUGAUUGUUUGAUUGCUUUGUCCAACCAACAGUCAAAAACUCAAAGAAAUUUACUUUACAAUGAUGUGAAACAAAAGCAAAACCUCAUAUUCCAGAAGUUGAAACUAGUGAAUGUCUGGCAGUUUUGCUUGUUGAAAGACUCAGUUAUCAAAACUGUCUUUGAUUUUCUGUGGAUGAACUAAAUGACUAAUUGUUACAGCUCUCAUGCUUAUUACAAUUUAGUGCCCAAGGUGACAUCUUCAAAGUGCUUGUUUCGUCCGAAAACAAAAAAAGACAGAGACAAUCUGGAAUCAGAGAAUUAAUUACUUAAACAAUUUAGCAAUUAUCAGAAAUGCUGUAUUCUUACACAUGUUGUGCUACUGCAACCCUAAAGGAUCAUUUCAUGUACUAGACCAUUAAUUGUGAGGAUUAUAUUUCAGCUAUGCUACCAUGAAUUAAUUAUGAUGAAAACCUGUUACACCUUUAAAGGCAUUCAAGUUAUCCAUUUUGAAAUGGAGAAUAUGAAAGAAACCUGAUAUGAAUAUCAGCAGAAUGCAACAUUCUAGUAAUACAGACUUAAAACAAUGUUUAUAUUUCCAAAAAACAGACAUCUGUUAUUUACUCAACCCAAAACAAAGGUUUCUGCAGCCGUGCAUAGUAGUUUAGUGCGUCCUCGUCUCUGGCUGGAGUGUGGGGCUCACCGCUAGCAGCAGUGUUGCACUGUGAUGUUAAAGCUGUUAGCUUUUAAAAACAUUAGCUAAACAAAAAAAGUAUCUAAGGAAUGAGGAAACAAGGGAGACAGUUGGCAGAAGAUGCUUUUUGACAGCAAGUUUUAAUCAGUCGUUUUUCAUUCUAAACCAUGUCCAGGAGCAGUGCCCUUUUUCUUUUGGUGACUUUAAUUUGAUAUUUUAGGCUAGUUAGAAGAAGAAAUAGAUUUUUGAUACACUAGCUGUGUGUUAAUGUUUGGACUCAGGGUGCGACUGUUCAGUCUGAUGUGGUUUGAGCAGCUUUAGUACCAGCAGGGAGAUGGAGUUAGCGUGUUGUUAUCUACGAUACAAACCGUCCUGAAAGAUUCCUGUUGAGUUUUAGGAGACCAGUUGUGGAUUUUCUGUACUAGAAGAACAAAGAUUUAAAGCAAUAAUUGAUUUAUGCAUCAUGUAUCUUUUUGAAUUUUAUUUUUCUCCACUUUUGAGUUGGAACAAAAGUUUAUUUGUAAUAAAUGUAAUUUAGAAAAGAAAUGAAAGAGUCCUUUUGCUGUCAGUAAGAAAAAGGAUGCUAUAUAACGAAAAGGCAAAGAAAGUGUUUUGUGCAUUCUGCUUCUCUUCUGAGAUCAGGCUGUUUUUCUGCUUAUUUGGGAGUUGCUUGUAGUUGAUUAUUGAAUGGACUUUCUGAGGACCGACUUUUUACCCUUUUAAGUAUUUUGCACUAGCCCUUUAUGUAGAAUAUAUAUAAAAAUGUAUCAACAUAUUAAUAUAUUUUCUCUUGAGGUGGAUGUAGGGAGAGCUGUUGAGUUGUAGAGAAAAAGGCAGCUGGAGACUGAAAGCAGGCUCAGCAGUGUUUCUAAAGUCAAGGAAACAAGACGUUUGCUUCUACAUGACCUUUAAAGCUCAGACCUCGCUCACGUUCAUACACAGGUCUGGAAACUGAAAAUGAAAUAGGUGUAGAAAAAUACAUUUAAUUGCAUUUUAAAUAACAAUGCAGCCACCGUGUUUUUACAAAAGGAAACUUGUUGUUCUAAAGGUGGCAUGUCAUGUCUUUCGUGCAAAUAUGACCGCUGGACCUGUUGUGUUUAUUCGCCUCAAACAGCAAAUGUACUGCACCAACUGUAAGCUAGCUAGCUUCGCUCAAGUGGAAAUGGACAUUUGAUGCGAAUUGCUUCGGCCAGUGCGAAUCAAAUGCCUUCUGUCUGAACACACAGUAAAGAUUCAUUUUCAGCUUGGAAAUGUUUAAAAGCCUCGUGUUGGGCCGUCACUUUCAGUUUACACGGUAUUAAACCCCAAACUAAGAUUUAAAAUAUACUCUAGAAAGAAAAACAAAUAGGUUUUAAAAAAAAAUCUAACAGCAGAGACAGAAAUUAUUAAAAAAAAAAAUAAAUCGAGGUGACAUAUUGCAGUAUAUUUUAUCACCGGGCUGCAACUUUAAAUAUUAGUCUUUUACUCAAUAUAAAAUAUAACCUACUGGAGGUUUCAAUUUGAGAAUAUGGUCAAGUUAUUUAUAUUAUUAUUACUAUUAGUAUUUAGUAUUAGUAAUUUCCAAAGUUUUUUAUUCAUCAAAAUGCAGAAAUGUUCUUCAGAAAGUGACCGGGUACUGGGUUUGAUUUUAGUUUAACCGAAAUCUCAAUUGUACGAAAAGCAUCAGUUUUCUUUUUUUAAAACACAAAUCAAGUGUUCAUGUAACAAAACAACAUUUACAAGAUGAAUCAUAAGUGUUGAAUAAAUGAUGGAUGAUC